CUGCCCCAGCUGUUUCCUGUUGAAAAUGUCUGUGUAAUGUAGAUAAAUGUGAGGGAUUUUCUCUCUAAAUCCGUCUCCUGUUCGCUAAAUCUCACUUCUCCAAAACGAGCCUGCGCAAUGGAACAAAGUCGGAAUAUUGAGAUGUGACAUUGCCCGCAUCUCAUCCUCUUUCUCCCCGUUUUUUAAUGACUUCAAACAAGUUCAUUUUCGCCGGGCUUUGUCUUGCGGAGACCCGUGGGGAUGUCUAGCGCUCUUUCCUUUCAGUGGCAUUUAUGUGAUGUCUUCAAGAGUGCGAUGUGCUGUAUCUCCUGUAGCCACACCCUCUCACUACUGCUGUGCGUCCUCACCCUGACUCCGACGGCAACAGGGGCGGGCCCAGAGACCCUGUGCGGGGCGGAGCUGGUCGACACGCUGCAGUUUGUGUGUGGAGAGAGAGGCUUUUAUUUCAGUAAACCAACAGGCUAUGGCCCCAAUGCACGGCGGUCACGUGGCAUUGUGGACGAAUGCUGCUUCCAAAGCUGUGAGCUGCGGCGCCUGGAGAUGUACUGUGCACCUGCCAAGACUAGCAAGGCUGCUCGCUCUGUGCGUGCACAGCGCCACACAGACAUGCCGAGAGCACCCAAGGUUAGUACCGCAGGGCACAAAGUGGACAAAGGCACAGAGCGUAGGACAGCACAGCAGCCAGACAAGACAAAAAACAAGAAGAGACCUUUACCUGGACAUAGUCAUUCAUCCUUCAAGGAAGUGCAUCAGAAAAACUCAAGUCGAGGCAACACGGGGGGCAGAAAUUACAGAAUGUAGGGAAGGUGCGAAUGGACAAAUGCCCAGCGACUUGGGAAGAGAGAAGGGAGUGGCCUUACCUGGUACCCCUGUGGAAUGGUUCACUGUAAAACAAAACAAAGAGGAUGCUGACAAAGGUCCGAAAAGCUCUUCAAAAUGAUUGAAACCUGAGAGCUAAGUGGUGUUUAAGGGUUUGAUGAGGGAUCUUGUGAUUAUUUUAUACACUGCACCAUUCCAUAUCGGGAGGAAUUCUUUGUUAAUGCAAUGUAACAGACUAGUUUAGCUGCUGAGACACAAACAAGAGCUUAUUAUACCUCCAUGUGUGAGCUGCAGCAUCCCCUCCCCCCGGCUCCAGGAAAGGUGGGAACGGAUCUGGGCUUCAGCCAAUCAGAGAGCGGCAGGCUGUGUUUGAGAAUGAGUGGUCCGUCCUGUCUCCUGAACUUUGCGGAGGUAAAUCCUUUCAGUCUGAGAGAGUGGAUUCAUUCACUCCUCAGGUAAGACAGGAUACUUUGUCACCUGUCACAUUUAAUAGUUACUACCCCAGUUAUAAACAAUCUGAUUGUCUUACCUUCAGACUUUGUUUUAUGCACCAUGCAUUGCUAAAGAUAUUCUAAGAAGAAAAAGCAAAGUUUGCUUUAAAGGUUCAGUGUGUAAGAUUUAGGGGGAUUUAGUGGCAGCUCGUGGUGAGGAUUGCAGAUUGCAACCAGCUGAAACUUCUCCCGGUUAGAUUUUCUUUAGUGUUCAUUGUUAGGAGGUUUUUACCGGGAGCCGAAUUAUCCGCAGAGGUCUCCUCCUCUCUAAAACAAAUGGACCAGGUGAUUGAAUCCACUAAAAACACUGCAUAAAACAGUUUCACUUUACAAAACGUUGUUUCUCUGAUGCUGUUUGGCAUGACGGAGACAUGCCGCUAGCAUAGCACCUGCUAAUGUGUGCUCACCUUUCUUCUCUGAUAACUUAAGAUCAAGACGUUCAGGAGGUUUUUAUUGGGAGCUGAAUUAUCCGCAGAGGUUUCUUCCUCUCCAAAAUGAACGGACCCGCUGAUUUAAACCGGUAAAACACUGAAAAAAGCAGUUUCCCAUUUAAAAAAAUCUGUUCUUCCAAUGCUGCUUGUCAUAGAGGGGCUGCUAACUAUGGUGGCAAAAACAUGAAUGGCCCAAUCAAGGGCCAGUGUUUUGUUUGUCUGUUCUGGGCCACUGUAAAAACAUGGUGGUGCAAUAUAGCAAGCUCUGUGG